AUGGAAGCAAGUGGCGUCCUCGCAGGUGCAAUUGUUAUGGAAGUUCUUCACAAGAAUAACUAUAUGCAUUGGAGUGUAUUGGUCAAAAAUUACUUGUUGGCUCAAGACCUUUGGGAUGCAGUGGAGGCUACAGCUGAACCUCCUAAAGGAGAAGACCAAGACUCUGAUGAUCGGCUCAAGACUUGGAGGAAGAAGAAUGCGAUGGCUUUACAUACAAUCCAAAUUUCGUGCGGGCCAGAAGCUUUUUCGGUGAUUAGAGACAUGACUUCAGCCAAGAUUGCUUGGGAUACUUUGGCAGAAAUGUUGACGCCACAGCCAUUACUUCCAUGUAAUUCGCCUGUUCAGUCUGCAAACUCAUCCAACAACCCAGGACAUGACGCGACUGUGGAUGACUUCCCUCAGCAUCAGCCGUUCUUCAGAGGAGUGGGGAUUGGAAUAAAGCAAAGGAGUUUCUUACCCUACAUCCCAAUGCAAUAA